CCCCCGGGGGUAAUGGUACAGUCCGGGCUCCAUUCAGGCAGAGACAGAGCCCGAAGCUGCAGGAGUUUGGCGGACAUGCGGUGAUGGAGGCUGGAGAGUGUGUGAGACGGAGGGUGCGGGUGAGCAGGGCCUGUAAGCGCUCCGGAGAGCACGGUCCGGUCCUGCGCUCACUCAGCACCGGGAACCUCCGCGCGCGCCUGGGAGAGAAGGACAAGCACGAGGAGGAGGAGGAGGAGGAGGAGGAAGGAGAAGCAGCAGCAGGAGGAGGAGAAGUGAACCCGCUGGAGCAGAGGGUGUCGGCGCCGCGCUACAGUCUGCUGCGGGAGAUCGGGCGCGGCAGCUACGGCGUGGUGUACGAGGCGGUGGCGCGGGGCUCCGGUGCCGUGCUGGCGGUCAAGAAGCUGCGCUGCGACGCGCCCGAGAACGUGGAGCUCGCGCUGGCGGAGUUCUGGGCCCUGACCAGCCUGGAGAAGCGGCACGAGAACGUGGUGCAGCUGGAGGAGUGCGUGCUGCAGAGGAACGGCCUCGCGCAGAGGAUGAGCCACGGCAACAAGCGCUCCCGGCAGUACCUGCGCCUGGUGGAGACCUCGCUCAAAGGUGAGCGUGUGCUGUCGAGUCCGGAGGAGCCAUGCUACCUGUGGUUCGUGAUGGAGUUCUGCGAAGGAGGGGAUCUGAACCAGUUCGUCCUGUCCCGGCAGCCCGACCCGCACACCAACGCCAGCUUCAUGCAGCAGCUGAGCAGCGCCGUGGCCUUCCUGCACCAGAACAACAUCGUGCACCGGGACCUGAAGCCGGACAACAUCCUGAUCUCGGAGCGCUCGGGAUCGCCAGUGCUCAAGGUGGCCGACUUCGGGCUAAGUAAAGUGUGCGCGGGACUUGCAUCCGGUCCGCGAGGCUGCCUGGACGCCGAGGACAAAGACAAACCCGAGGUCAACGUGAACAAGUACUGGCUGUCGUCGGCAUGCGGGUCGGACUUCUACAUGGCGCCCGAGGUGUGGGAGGGGCACUACACGGCCAAGGCGGACAUCUUCGCCUUGGGCAUCAUCAUGUGGGCCAUGAUCGAGCGGAUCACCUUUAUCGACGGCGAGUCGAAGCGCGAGCAGCUCGGGACGUACGUGCGUCAGGGCGCUGACAUCGUGCCCGUGGGCGAGGCGCUGCUCGAGAACCCGAAGAUGGUCCUGAGCAUCCCGCAGCGGCGCCGCUCGCGCAUGUCUUCCGCUCUGCGCAAACUCCUGCAGGACAUGCUCGCCGUCAACCCGCAGGACCGACCCGACGCUCAGGAGCUCCACGGCCGGAUCGGGCACGUCAUCUGUGCUGGAUGAACUUCUGUUACAUUUACAUCACACACACACACUUGCACUCACACACAGGCUGCUGCUCUUCAGGACCACAGGGACGUUGUGGAGAUUCCCGCGCUGGCCCUCAUUGCUUCGGUUCACGUUUUUUAUUUUGCUGCCAAAGAUCACUAGCGUCGCUGCUCUUGGCUGGACGAGAGUCCCUGGACAAAGCUAAGUGUGUUCACUUCUUAGGGACAGUGAGGGGAACACCAGGGAACGACUUGUGAGGACUCGUCCGUCCAUGCCUUAGCCAUAACCCGUUUGAUUUCCACGCCGUGGUUUAUGUCCACAGUUACAAAGCGCUGGAUGUUGAGUGUCGUCACAGAGAGACUAAUUCUCCCUCAAA